CACAGGCGCUGCCGGGCACUCUGGAGGCAGCUCAGCCCGCUGCGCGCUCUGGUGCCCGGGGAAAUGCCCAACUGACGGGCGAGCUGGUGAGAACAAGAACGUUGCCUUUUGGCCGUAGUUCGCAACAUCCAUGGCGCUGCCAGUCAGUCUGGUCCCCCUGUGCUGCCUGGCACUUUUGGCUCUGCCGGCCCAGAGCUGCGGACCCGGCAGGGGGCCCGUGGGCCGCCGCCGCUACGUGCGCAAGCAGCUAGUGCCGUUGCUCUACAAGCAGUUCGUGCCCAGCGUGCCCGAGCGGACCCUGGGCGCCAGUGGGCCUGCGGAGGGGAGGGUGGCAAGGGGCUCCGAGCGCUUCCGGGACCUGGUGCCCAACUACAAUCCCGACAUCAUCUUCAAGGAUGAGGAGAACAGUGGCGCAGACCGCCUGAUGACCGAGCGCUGCAAGGAGCGGGUGAACGCGCUGGCCAUCGCAGUGAGGAACAUGUGGCCCGGAGUGCGCCUGCGUGUGACCGAGGGCUGGGACGAGGACGGCCACCACGCGCAGGACUCCCUCCACUACGAAGGCCGCGCCCUGGACAUCACCACUUCUGAUCGCGAUCGCAAUAAGUAUGGGCUGCUGGCGCGCCUGGCAGUGGAAGCCGGCUUCGACUGGGUCUACUACGAAUCCCGCAACCACGUCCACGUGUCGGUCAAAGCCGAUAACUCCCUGGCGGUCAGGGCUGGCGGCUGCUUUCCGGGAAACGCCACCGUGCGCCUGCGGAGCGGCGAGCGGAAGGGCCUGCGGGAACUGCACGGCGGGGACUGGGUUCUGGCCGCAGACGCGGCAGGCCGGGUGGUGCCCACGCCCGUGCUGCUCUUCCUGGACCGGGACCUGCAGCGCCGCGCCUCCUUCGUGGCCGUGGAGACCGAGCGGCCUCCGCGCAAGCUGCUGCUCACGCCCUGGCACCUGGUGUUCGCCGCCCGAGGGCCGGCGCCCGCGCCCGCCGACUUCGCCCCGGUGUUCGCGCGUCGCCUGCGCGCGGGGGACUCGGUGCUGGCGCCCGGCGGGGACGCGCUCCGGCCCGCGCGCGUGGCCCGGGUGGCGCGGGAGGAAGCCGUGGGCGUGUUCGCGCCGCUCACCGCGCACGGGACGCUGCUGGUCAACGACGUCCUGGCCUCGUGCUACGCGGUCCUGGAGAGUCACCAGUGGGCGCACCGCGCCUUUGCCCCCUUGCGCUUGCUGCACGCGUUGGGAGCGUUGCUCCCGGGCGGAGCCGUGCAGCCGACGGGCAUGCAUUGGUACUCGCGCUUCCUCUACCGCCUGGCGGAGGAGCUGCUGGGCUGAGCGCUUCGGGCACGGAAACCCCCCAGACGCUUGAUGUGGAAGGCUGCUGUGCUCUGUGCGGAUGGGGA